AUGGCUGACAAGCUCCGCACGCAACAAGAGCUCGAGCGCCUCCAGGCCAAGUACAUCGGCACCGGGCACCCUGACACCACGAGCUGGGAGUGGAAGACCAACAUCCACCGCGACACCAAGGCCAGCGUCGUCGGGCACACCCCGCUGCUCUCCUACAUGGCCCUCGCCCAGAACGAGCCCAUGGCAAAGGUCAGGGCACAGCUCAUCCGACAGAUGGUCCAGCCCGUUGGGCCCCCGCCGCCCAGAGAGGACGAAUUGGCCCUGCCCGCCGCGGACAAUGGAGGCUCAUGA